AUGUCCAAGCAUGGAAGCAAUGUGCAAAGGCGUCUCCGCGAAACAGCUAGUAAUAAAUCUGCAUAUGAGUUGAAUAAGGACAGAAUUAAGUAUAUAGAACACCUUGCCAGACUCUCUGAUGCCACUAACAUCAAAGUUCUGUAUGGUGAUUUCUUGAACUUAAAUCCAAAAGAUCCUUCUUUCUCCAAGAUCCGUGCAAUUCUUUUAGAUCCUUCUUGCUCUGGUUCGGGGACCACUGCUCAGCGAUUAGACCAUUUACUUCCAUCCCAUGCCACUGAUGUUACCGACGCAGAAAGACCGAGCAAACUUUCAGCCUUUCAAAGGAAAGCUCUAGCCCAUGCAUUAUCUUUCCCUGCAGUUGAAAGAGUUGUUGACAGCACAUGUUCUGUCAACCAAAUUGAAAAUGAAGAUGUCAUCAUGUCAGUUCUACCCCUUGCAACAUCCCACGGCUUUCAGCUGGUCACUCCCUUUCCUGGGUGGCAUCGUUGUGGUCUUCCCGUUUUCAGCGGCUCUGAGCAUUUACUUCGAACAGAUCCAAUUGAGGACCAAGAGGGGUUCUUCAUUGCUCUUUUUGUCAAGAAGAGCAACAUCAAUGAUUCAGAAGAACAAAAUGGAAUUAGAAACACUCCUAGAACUAUUUCAACUCAGAAACGUCAUUUUAAAAGAUACAGUAAUGUGAACAGAAAAAGUUUUUUGAUGCCUGCAGUCUACAGUGGAGCAUUAAAAAUAUUGUACUCUAGACUAAUUUUGCAGAGGAGAACCCGCAGAACAAAACUGGUCCAGUAACUUGGAAGAAUUAAAGUAAUUUAUACUUGUUCCAUGACCCACCCUUUUUUUUCCAUAGAUUGAAAAUUUUUGAAAGAGAGAGAAGGUUUUUUGUAUUCAAGAUGAACAGUUUUCAAUAUUAAGCAUUUCGUCAGGAUUAAUCUAAACUUGCAAAUAUUUACUCUAGACCUAAUUCAUUCUUGUUAAUUAUCUAUUAUUAUUACUUAAUAAGCCGGAUUUUCCUCUUUUUGUUCCUCUUCUGGAAAUUGCAAGACAAUCUCUGUAACUUGUAAGCGGCAGGAGAUCAUUUCACCUGCUUAGUGUUUACAUUUCUGGGAUUCAAUUUUGAUGAAUGCAUUAGUUAUUGGGAUUGUUCUUAA